GCCUCUUGUUUAUGUUUACAUCGCGGGCCGCAUGUGUUUAGUACCUUCAGCAUAAAAAGUUAUCCCUUAUUUUUAUCUCGAUUUUUGAGAAUAAAAUGAAUUUAUUACCGAAAACCGCAACCGAAUUCGGUAGCACUGAAUACUGGAAUAAUUUCUUUAAAAAACGAGGUAAACAAGCAUUUGAAUGGUACGGCGAAUAUCCGGAACUGUGCGGUCAGCUGCACAAGUGUGUGAAAUCCAAGGACGAAAUUCUGAUGGUGGGCUGCGGAAAUUCAAAGCUAAGUUUAGAUUUAUACGACGUCGGAUUCAAACAAAUGACCAACAUCGACAUCUCCCAAGUUGUCAUCCGACAAAUGCAGGAAGCAAACAAGCUCCAACGACCGGAAAUGCUUUGGUACCACAUGGACGCCACUUCUAUGAACUUCAGCGAUGAAAAGUAUUCGGUCGUGCUAGAUAAAGGCACUUUGGAUGCCCUUUUCACUGAUGAAACCGAACCCACUCUAACCACCGUUAGGAAAUAUUUUUCAGAAAUUGCGCGGGUUCUACGCAUUGGUGGUCGUUACGUUUGUAUUUCACUGCUCCAGGAACAUAUUUUAAAAGAAAUUUUAGGCUACUUUCCCGAGAACGAGUUCGUUCUGCGAGUGGUCCGUUGCUUGGAAGCAGAACAAAAAACGGCUGAAAGCAGCAGUGAUGGCACGUCCAUGCCAGUUUUUAUUGUAGUAGCUACGAAAUUUAAGAAACUUCCAAUGAAGGUUUUCGAAAUUUGUCUGACAGGCGAUCAGGUGCAGCGAGUUCAGAAGCCAGAAGAAGUUGUCCUAUCUGUCGCAGCCGCUCAAAAGGCAUCAAUGGUAUGCAACGGGCUUGUCCGGGGUAGUAUUGCCGGCAUGAAAGAGGUUUCACUGGAUUUACAUCGGCCGGGGGAAGAAAUUCCGCGGUAUACGAUCCACGUGCUGGAUCAAAAGCCGGUACGAGGGAACGGAAAGUAUGCAGCUUUCAUUGUUCCUCAAGGUCGCGAAACCGAAUGGCUUUUUUCAACGCCUCAAGGACGGCAAAAGUUAUUGGCAUCGGCCAGCCAUGAUCGGUUGGCAAUUGUGUCGAUGCAUCGUGGACAGACUUAUUCCAGUUGUGACGCAGUGAAGGAUGAAUUGUCCGAAAGUGUGAAAUCGUUAGCUCCCCAUGGACUGCAUGCGCAUAUUCCUUUUCUCUCCCUGGGAUCCGAAGUGGGUCGUCGCGAAACGAUAUUCAAGGGUCGCAGUACUCUUUCAGGCAAUUACAUCGUGGAGGAAAUCAUAGGAAACGACAAUAAAAUAUUCAGAAGGUUGAUUUUCCUGAAUAAUCAAUUUGUGAUCCAGUCGGAGGCCGCCAUCAAGCUAGUCAAAGGGAAGGGGAAGUCGAAGGAGUCCCAAAAGGUUAUCGAUCCAGGCUACUUGGCUUGUCAACAUCAUCUGUACAUGACGAUCGGUGUUCAUCUGGCUUUGGGACUGGAUAGUGACAAAGCAGGGAACAACAACGUGAUGGUUGUUGGUUUGGGAGGAGGCGGCCUUUGCACGUUUAUCCACCAGUGCCUCAGAAACACCAAAAUGACGGCAGUGGAGAUCGAUCCUGAAAUGCUUACCGUAGCUACCAAUUACUUUGGUCUCACGCUUGACGAUCGACUCAGAGUGGAAAUCAAGGAUGGAAUGGACUACUUAACGGAGUGCGUUCAACAAGAUCACCGUUUCAAAGCGAUUCUGUUUGAUGUGGACAGCAAAGAUCCAACGCUGGGUAUGAGUUGUCCACCGCAAGCUUUCCUGGAGAAGCAGGUGCUAGAGAAUACAAAAAAGCUGGUCGGCACCAGUGGCGUUUUUGUGCUGAAUCUGGUCUGCCGCGAUGAUUCGCUUCGAAAGAAGGCAGUGGACGAACUGAGGCGAGUCUUCAAGUACGUUCUUUCCUACAAGUUGGAAGAGGACGUCAAUGAAAUAUUCUAUUGCGCUGACAAUGACGCACUGGACUGCGGAGACAAGUGGCAAAAUGCUAUGAAACGAUCCGCUCAGGAGAUUAAUACUUUAGCCAAAAAAUUAAAGCUAAGCAGUGAUGACCUCGUUGAUUUGGCGGAAUUUGUUGAUGGGUUGAAAAUAUAGAUUUGCAAUUAUA